AUGUCUGACGAUGAUGAUUUCAUGCAGGACUCUGGGGAGGAGGAGUACGACUUCGAGUACGAGGACGACGAUGAUGAGGAGAGUGGCGAUGUCGACAUUGAGAACAAGUACUACAAUGCAAAGCAGCUCAAGGUCGACGACCCGGAGUCGGCGAUAGACGAAUUCCUGGGGAUGCCCGCGCUGGAGGAGGAGAAAUCAGAUUGGGGAUUCAAAGGCCUGAAGCAGGCCAUUAAGCUCGAGUUCAAGCUGGCGCGAUAUGACCAGGCUGUAGAACACUACAAAGAGCUCCUUACAUACGUCAAGUCGGCUGUCACACGCAACUAUUCCGAAAAGUCGAUCAACAACAUGCUCGAUUUUAUCGAAAAGGCCGCUGAGGACGCCGAAGCGUACCGUUGCAUGGAGAAGUUCUAUGCCUUGACCCUGGACAUCUUCCAAAGCACCAACAACGAACGACUAUGGCUCAAGACGAAUAUCAAGCUCGCAAGGCUGUGGUUGGACAGAAAGGAUUAUCGUCAGUUGACGGAGAAGCUCCGCGAGUUGCACAGGACAUGUCAAAAGGAGGACGGUACAGACGACCCAAGCAAAGGCACAUACUCACUGGAAGUCUAUUCGCUGGAGAUCCUUAUGUAUGCGGAGACUAGGAACAACAAGCGCUUGAAGGCACUGUACCAGCGAGCGCUUAAAGUCAAAUCUGCCGUUCCACAUCCCAAGAUCAUGGGUAUCAUCCGAGAAUGUGGUGGCAAGAUGCACAUGAGCGAAGAAAACUGGAAAGGGGCGCAGAGUGACUUCUUCGAGAGUUUCAAAAACUAUGACGAGGCUGGUUCGCUGCAGCGGAUCCAGGUCCUGAAGUAUCUGGUGCUUGCAACCAUGCUGUCGGGUUCCGACAUCAACCCGUUUGACUCGCAAGAGACUAAACCUUACCAAAAUGAUCCCCGCAUCUCGACCAUGACUGACCUUGUCAAUGCGUACCAGCGCGAGGACAUUCAUGAGUACGAGAGGAUCUUGCAGAACAACCAGGACCUGCUACAAGACCCAUUCAUCGCCGAGAACAUUGAUGAGGUCACGCGCAAUGUACGCACGAAAGCCGUCAUUAAGCUUGUUGCGCCCUACACACGCUUCACUUUGGCGUUCAUCUCAAAACAACUCAAGAUAUCCCUUCCCGAAGUCCAGGAAAUUGUGGGGUUCUUGAUCGUUGACAAGCGGUUGCACGGGAAGAUCAACCAGCAGAACGGAACGGUGGAGGUCGAGAGUGGUACCGACAUGGGCCGGGUACAGGCGAUGAAGGAGUGGAGCGACGCCAUUGGCUCAUUGUGGCAGGCGGUUCUCAACGAUGGCGAAGGCUUCAAGUCGGACGAGAGCGGCUCACAGUUUGCCCCUACCCAAGGUGAGGUCGGUGGCCAGCGUGGGUCCUGGAAUAUGAAUGGCUUGGGAUCUAAAUCAGGGCGGCCGAAAGGCAAGGGCCCUGCGGGACGCUUGGGAGUCUCGAGCAAAGGAUGA